UCUCUAUAUAUAUAAUAUUAACCUAACUCAGUUCAUUCCCAUUUCACAAUUUGGUAGUUCCUUCCCAGUUCUCACCCCGGCUAUUGUAGUUCGUUAUGGAGGACAAGCAAAUAAUAUUAAACUGCGUUAUGUAGUGUGAUUCUUGAUAUUCUUUAUUAAAAUAAUAUUACAAGCAAAUAAAUAUUUUUCUUAUUUUUCAAUCAUACAUUUUCAUCAAUCUACUAUUUUAAAGUGCAUUUUUCUUAAUGGGGUUCCAAACACCCUCAUAUAUUAAAUCCUUAACCCAUGCCCAUUCUAAAAUCCAACAACUACCUAUUUAUUCUUGAAACCCUAUUCUCGUUUUCUUCUCCAUUUUGCAGUUGUUAGAGGACGCAAGAGAGCCGAAUCCCCAUAGCAAAAAUGAAGCACAAUGCAGGAGUCUCCUCCUCCAGGCGCAAGAAUAGAAAGCCCCAUUUUACUGCACCGUCGAGUGUCCACUGUGUCCUGAUGAGCGCUCCUCUAUCCUCUGACCUCAAGACAAAGUAUAAUGUUUGUUCUAUGCCAGUCCGCAAGGACGAUGAGGCCCAGGUUGUUCGGGCCUAUGAACAAUCACAUUCAGAGGUAAGCAGAAACAAUGGAGCAUUAACAUUAACAAGAAGCAAUGAUAGAACCCAAAUUACUGGAAGAACAACCUUUGUUGAAUCAGCUUCAAGUUUUUGGACAAGAUUUGCAUCCGUCUGUAAGUGCUAUGCCUUUGCUUCAACAUGGUAUUGUGAGAUUCAUGAUCUUAUUUUGUAA